CGACAUGAUCCCAGCCAAAAACGACUUCGGAACCCCGGACAAGCUCCUCCUGCCAUUAUUUGAAAUCGAUACAUUCAACUCCUUUGCUAAAGAUGACAAGAAAAUACGCCCAGACGGAUCAGAGAAAGCUACACGGGCCUUGUUUCGCUAUCCGAAUUGACUCGAACAAGGAGCUCUUUCAGCUUAUGAUGCUGGCCGAGCAAAAGUUAGUUAGCCAAAUAUCACUUUUGACAGCGCUUCUUCCUUACAGGCUCAAUUUUUACGUCGUCAGCAAUGUUCUGGCGGAGGGUCUUCGGGUUAUCCAAAAACAGGGAUCUACAGAAUAUUUGUGCCACUGGUGAGAGAUUCUGUAGCCACUUUGUAAAACUUUAAGAAAGUCCCAGCAAAAGGAUAUUAGCGAAUGCA